UCUAGUUGUGGGGGAGUGGGAGAGUCAUAGUCCGUGUUUCCUGUCCGUGUAUGUUGAUAUCAAAUUGGAAAAGACCCAUAUACUUUUAUCCUCUGUGUGUGUGCGUGUCUGUGUGUUAGCGUCUGCCACUUUGCACUGGAAAGAGAGGUGAGAUGGUAUAAGAUCAGAGUCUUGACAGAGCCAGCCUGAGCUAGCCCAAGCCGGCACAAUGUUGGAGACGGAGAUCAAGGAGGAGUUGGUGGUGCAGCGGCUGGAGAAGGGAACAGCAGUGAAACGCUACUCCUACAGACACAGACCAGAGGAAGGCACACUCAGGAUACGGCGAGAGACACACCACAUAAUAUGGACCGUCAGUCAAAAUACUUCAGAAAUAAUAACCUCCCUGGCAGACAUCAAGGAAGUGCGGGCAGGACAGGGAUCCAGAGACUUCAAAAAGUGGAGCGACACGAAGGAAGCUCCUAAACAUGAAAACACAUGCUUUGUUAUUUACUAUGGGAAGGAAUUCAAAUUGCGAUCCCUUUCUAUAGCAGCCCUUGGGGAAUCAGAAUGCAAAGACUGGAUUCUGGGACUGGAGCACCUCAGAAAGGAGUAUCCAGACGUGCCAUACAUUAUCCGUCUUGAAAGAUUUCUCCGCACAGAAUUUUACAACAUGGAAAACCGAGAGAACAAAAUAACGAUGCGAGACGUGAAGAACUUUCUACCCAAGAUUCACUACCGGACCACCAACCCUCGGCUAAGGCUCCUGUUUGACUCAGUGGACGACCAGAGGCGAGGAGAGAUUGGCUUUGACCAAUUCCUGGAACUCAUCAAGAAGAUCACUUGGGAGGAACAAGAAGAUAGCGAAUUGUGGGAACUCCUGAAAGAAUGCAGUAUGGAUGGACGCCAUGUGUCCUUGCUGGAGUUCCAGCAUUUCCUAGUAGACAAGCAGCACGAGGAGGAGCACAAUGCAGGCUCCAUCAUCAAAGACUUUGUGCAGGACCCUCAGAGAAAUGUGGAGGAACCUUAUUUCUAUGUGGAGGAGUUCGUCCAGUACCUGUACUCCAAGUCUAAUGAAGUUUGGGACCGACGCAACAAUCACGUUAUCCAGGACAUGAGCCAGCCACUUUCCAAUUACUGGAUUGCCUCCUCACACAAUACGUACCUGACAGGAGACCAGCUACAGAGUGUUUCAUCUCCAGAAGCCUAUGCCAGAGUAUUACGUAUGGGUUGUCGAUGCAUUGAGCUGGACUGCUGGGAUGGCCAUGAGGACAACCCUGUGGUCUACCAUGGUCAUACCUUCACAAGCAAAAUUCAAUUUGCAGAUGUUAUUGAAACCAUUCGGGAUCAUGCAUUUGUUACCUCCAGAUUUCCAGUAAUUCUUUCCAUUGAGAAUCACUGUGAUCUCCCUCAGCAGAAGGUAAUGGCCAGGGAGUUCAAGAAGACAUUUGGCAGUAUGCUCCUCACAAUGCAGUACAGAGCCAAUGAACAGUUCAUGCCUUCUCCUGAGGAACUCCAGGGAAAAAUCAUAAUCAAGCAAAGAAAACUUCCUCAAGGGGUGGAUGAAAUCACACCUCUGAUUGCCAACAUGGAUGAACAAGGAGGAGAGUUGGGACUUGAUCAGUACCAGAUGAAUGAUCGUCUUUUCCUGAAAAAUCCAGUGGACCCUACAGCAUGGCAGCCUCAUCUUUUCUUCCUAUCUCAAAAAAGUCUUCGCUACAUUGAGCCAGAUCCAGACAUAGAAGAUCAGGCCAGUGGUUAUAGGCAAUCCAAUAAUGACAAUGACGAUCAGCAUCAAAUAUGGUACCAUGGGAAGAUGCCAGGAGGAAGGACUAAGGCAGAGGAACUUCUCAAGCAGUACAGUUCCUGGGGCAACGGGACAUUCCUUGUUCGACACUCAGAAAACUUCAUUGGUGACUACACUCUGUCCUUCUGGAAUGAGGGGAAGCCAAGCCACUGCCGCAUCCGUACACGGCAGGAGGGUGACAUGACCACCUAUAGGCUGAGGGAAGUGGAUAGCUUCCCUAGCCUCAAAGCUCUCAUUGAAAACUAUAGCAACUUCCCUAUCCAUGCUAAGGAUAAUAAUAACCACUGCCGAAAUGAAGUCAAUGUGGUGUUAGGGAAGCCAGUGCCCCGUAUAGAAUGGUACCAUGGAAACCUGUCCAAGGAAGACGGCGAGGACUGCAAUUUCUCCAUUCGUGCCCAGUGGUAUCAUGCAAACAUGACCAAAGAAGAGGCUGAGGACUACCUGAACCGCAUCCAGGAAUGUGGUGCCUUCCUCGUUCGUCCCAGCAAAGACUGUAGAAACAUUACAAUCUCCUUCAGAGCUGAAGGUCGCACCAAACACUGCCGGGUAAGGCAAGAGGACCAAUUCUUCACUCUUGGCACAGCUCAGUUUGAAAGCCCAGUUGACCUUGUUGAAUAUUACAAGCAAUAUCCUCUCUUUCACAAUGUAAAACUACGCUACCCAGUGACAAGACGUGUGAUUGAGUCCCUCUCAGACCAGGAGCAUCUUGGUGUGGGACAGCCGGGAGGUUACAUCUCUUGCCUCAGAAAUAUCCAAGUGAAAGCAAAGUACAGGUACACUGCUCAGAAUGCAGAUGAGCUCACUUUCCCAAGACAUGCCAUAAUCCAUAACGUGAACAAAGUGGAGAAAGAGUGGUGGAAAGGUGACUAUGGGGGCUCACGGCAGCACUGGUUCCCAGCCAACCACGUAGAGGAGAUCCAGCCAGACAGCAUUGAUGAAGAGGGAGGGGACGGCAACAUGUUUGGUGACUUACAGAAAGGCAACCUGGACCUGCGAGGAGCUGAGGCGGUAGUUGAGCCCUAUGAAGAGGACAACCCAUGGGGCAUCAGAUACAUCAUCAGACUCAUGUUAAAUAGUGUUUACCCAGAGCUGAAGAUUGGUUGUGUGUCAGAGCAACAGGCCAGAGAUUGGAAGGACAAGAUAAACAAUGUUGCUGCAAAUGGAGAUUUGGCAAGCACCACUGUUCAGACUCGCCAGCAGGAGACUGAGCAGCGCAUCAGUCGAGAGCUGAGUAACCUGGUGGUAUACUUCCAAUGCGUGAACUUCAAUGUGCACCAGCCUUCCCCCUAUAAAAUAUCCUCUUUUCCGGAAAACAAGAUGGAGCGCCACAUACAGACCAUCCCAAGGUCCCUUCUUGAUUUCCACAAGGUUGGGUUCAGCCGUGUGUAUCCAAAGGCAACGCGUGUGGAUUCUUCAAACUACAACCCAAUGCCUAUGUGGAACCAUGGCUGUCAAAUGGUGUCCCUCAACUACCAGACUGGAGAUAAACAUAUGCAAGUGAAUGAAGGAAUGUUCUUGCAGAAUGGGAAAUGUGGUUAUGUGCUGAAACCCAAGUAUCACAUGGAUCCCAAUUAUGACCCAUCUUCUAAGUCCACCCUCUGUAACAAUUACUCCCUUGCUCUAGAAAUAAAAAUCUUUGGCGCGCGGCACCUCAGCAAAUCUGGUCGAGGCUGCAUCUCUCCAUUGGUGGAGGUGGAGAUUAUUGGCUGUGAUUAUGACUCCAAUCAGAAGUGUACCACCAAAAUAGUCCGUGACAAUGGCCUCAACCCAAUGUGGUGUUGUCAGCUAAUGCGCUUCAGUGUGUCAAAUCCUGACUGCGCUCUAAUUCGUUUUGUGGUCAAUGAUGAAGACAUCUUCGGAGAGCCCAACCAGAUAGGCCAGGCCACCUACCCGGUGUUAUGUCUGCGGGAAGGUUUCCGCAGUGUGCCUCUCAAAAACAAUUAUUCUGAAGAAAUUGAAUUGGCAUCACUACUCAUCCACUUGAAGAUUAACAAAAUUGAAGAAAAGCGAGUGUUGGAGACCAUCCGGUAUGAAAUGCUGAAGAUGAUUGAGGAAGCUGAUAAAAAUAACGAUAAGGAGCUUGUCAAGCAUCUACAAAGGGAAUAUGACAGGAGAAUGGGGAAAUGAGGCAGCAGCAACUUCCUUAACCACUACCUCACCACCAGCAAGAGUUGUGGGUUAGAAUCCUCCAGUCCAAGGAUUACUGUUAGCCCCACUCACCUCCAUCUGGUGGCCAGUCCACCUGAUCCAUCCAGUCCCAUGUACUGCAGUAACUGUCAGCAGAAGUUGAGUGCCUGAUCACUUACCAGUAAGAAAGUGACAGCCACAGAUCUGAGGGUAUAAGUCAUAGUGUACAUACAGACAUGAUACAGUGGAUUCACCAAAAUAGGACAUUAGUGAUUUCUGCCUACCAAAAUAGGACAUUAAUGAUGUUUUGCCUGUGACUGGUUGACAUGAUCCGUGAUGUGGCAGAGGAGGAGCAAGGCCACUGCUUAUCAUUGGUUUAUAAUUCUAGUUUCUUUUAAAAAUAGGCAAUAAAGUAACACACAGCAUAGUGACUAUUUGUGUGUUUGAUUUGAGAAUACAAUACAGAACAGGAUUUUGUGAUAUAGUGCAGGCAGAAAUCAUAAGCAUGUGUCUGAGUGACAUUGAGUUGGCAAAGAAAAAAAAAUAAUAGCUUAAAUAAGUACAGUCGGAACCAAUAUAUAUUUGAGUGAAAAAAAUGUGCUCUCCAAAGGACACUUGGCAAGCCUAAAGUCUUAAAUGUGAGGGACAUUUCAGUAGACAGAAAUGUACCAAUACAGGAAUAACAGGCUGACAGAGACUCAUUUAUGUCUUGUGCAAUAUGUUUGUUCACUGAACAUUUAUGGUUCUGAGGACUUUGAGAUACACAUUACCCUUAUUUUCCAUUAUUCUCAACCAAACUGACUAAGAUUGUGUGUUUCAAUAGUUGAUAUUAGGUUUUAUUAAAAAUUACAAGAGUUUUGCAUCAUUGAAUACAUUAUAAUAAUGAAUCUUGGAAAAAUUAUGAUAUUCAAUAAUCUAUCAAACAACAUCCAAUCAGUAUCAUUGGUAAGAAUGUAUCAUGGUGGACUUGUAUGUAAAUAAAUCCUUUAUACAUAGAAGGGAAAGGUUAAGAAAUGAAAUACUGGUAAUAAGUUCUCUAUAUAUAUUUUGUAGUUGAGAGGUCUUUAUUUUUAAAUUUCUGCCCAAUAUGCUUGUUCUCUGAGCAGCAAUGCCAUCUGAUAGCACACUCAGAAUUAUGGUCUGGCACAUGUAUUGCAGAAUCAGAAAAAAAUUCUUAUCAUAUGUUUUUAUCUAGCAUUUCAGAAACACAAUAUCUUUUUUGUAUACUAAUGAUCUACCUGCAAACCAUAUACAAGCAGUAUUCAGAUAGUGUAUAGCACCUUAGAAAAGACAGAUUUCUCUACACAAGAUCAGUUAUUACUUAUUAUUGCUGCUAGAUUCACAUUUUUUGUAUAUAAUAAUAAAAAUUAUUAACUAUCAGCAAAAAAUUUUCUUGGAGGCAAUAAAAUAUCAAUAUAAAUAAUUUCUGGGAGCAGUACAAUCAGUUUUCCAAAACAUAAACAAAGCCUUGUCUUGCACUGCCUGCAUCUGUUCCUUGGGCCCUGAUCCGUUCUUGGCUCAGCCAUACAGCUGGCAAGGUAGAUGGAAAAGAUUGAAUGCAAAGCUGAUAAUGGAGGAAAAUAAGGUUGUUGUUAGGCCAGGAGAGACAGACAGAUGGACAGACAUUGACAGGCAUAGAGUUAGAAAAGACAGGCUGAGAUCAGAGAUCAUGCUCCUAUCAGUGAAACUCAGUGCCUGGCUCAGUAAAUACCUAAGAGCAAAUACCUGUCAUAGGGGAAGCAUACACUAAAUUGUUAUACCUGUAUGAAUUAAAGGUGUAUCAGGUAUGUGAAUUCAAGUGAACAGAUGCAGAUUGAAACUCAAGAUGUCAAAGAUGCAAAUGGAAACAUGGAUGUUUUAAGUGAUGAUGGCUGUCCACUGAUGGUUGUCACCAACAUAUGUUCAGGCUUUCAAAUGAUGGGGAGAUGCACCUACUUCUGGUGGGUGGAGCUAUUACACUUGAAUCCACUGUGUCUUUAUAUACACUGUGGUGUUAGUAGUCUUUAAUAUCACAAUGGGUUGAGGGUUAUGACCUCAGUUCCAUUCUAUGUAAGUCAACUUCUAAGUCAUUCUGUAUGUUGUAUAUCUUAAGUAAGGUAUUAAUUUAACAGCCUAAUUGUUGUUAUUGUAUAAACAAAUGUAAAUAACUGAAUAGGAGAAAUAUUCAAUAGUUCAUGGUAAAGUGGAAGUCUGUUAAGUAAAUAAAUCCCAUUUGACUGAGUAGGGGCAUGUACCAUGCUAUUUAUUUUAUAUUUUAAGUAAAAAAUUCCAGGCUUACCAUACUUAAGUCAAAGCUGUUGUGCUGAGAGAAGCUUACAGUCAAAUACUGAAAAUUACCAAGCUUUUGGCUGCCCUUACAUAUCACAGGGUAUUGUGAACUCAUUUUUAUACUGCUUAAAAUUGUAUGAGGGUAAACAUAUUUGCUGCCUAGCAGCCAAGACUAGAAUUUGUCCAACUAACAUGCCUUAUUGUAUGAACUGAAAGUAUUUUUAUAAUAUUAGUGAGAAAAUGUGUGGAAGUUUCAACAAAAUUUCAUCAUUAACAAUAAUGAUUGAGAACAUAUCUGUCAUGUAUAAGUAAAUUAAUUGAAUGAUGAUAAGGAAUUUGUCAUUUCUUUGCCAUUUCAGUUACUUUUAGUAAUUUUCAGUUCAGGUAAACACGCAAAUAGAAACCAGGGUUGUAGAGUCGGGUGCUUUCAGGCAAAGUAUGAUUUUCACAAGUAUUAUCAUAUGCCAUAUUUUCAUGGUAUGAAUCUGAUUGACUUCUUAUCUUAUUACUUUCUCAAAUAGGUAAUAUUUUCAUUGUCCUUGUUAAUAAGAAUACUAAUAAUAAUCACAUCAAAAUAUUAUUAGUGUAUGAAUAAAAUUAAGGUAAUUACUCACAAUAUCAGUCACAAAGCUUAAGGAAUUUGUGGUCUGAAUUUGGCAUCAUCAAAGUUUUGUAUUGUGACUCUCUCACAUGGUAAACUCCUGGUAUCAUGACCAUUGUUGUAUGGUUGGUGUAGUCAUAACACCACAGUGGGUAUUUUAUCCUCAUUAGCUAUCAAGUCAUCCUGCAUUAUGCUUCACAAUUCAAGUAGUGGAGUAAGCACAGCAUACAUGCCCUAAUGUCAAGUGUAAUCACCAUGCUGUAAUUAAUUUCACAUCUAGUGAGUGGCUCAUGCUCUAACCUGCACCCUCACCACACUCACAGACUUACUGGAGACAGAUGGCAGCUGUGAUCAUCAUGGAAAGUUGUUGGUCAUUUGACUCUUUUGAUCUAGCACUGGAUUAGGCAUUUGUAUGUUGGAUAGUAUAUUGAUGAUUAUUUGAGGCUUGUUUUUGCUAUCUAAAAGAGCAGAUUGCAAACAAAACCAUCUCAAAUGAAACCAAGUUGCAGUGUUAUUGUGUGUGGAUUGCCUACAGUCAGUCCACUAAAACUGAACAUAACCAUCCAAAGAUCCAACUCAACAACCCUUGUAGAAACUGUUUUGUGUAAAUGAUAUUCUAAUAUGCAUUUUCUCUACUUAUAUACACAUUGUCUCAUAUACAUAUAUAUUUUCCACAUUUAUGUCCUUUGAUAUGUAAAUUUAAAAUGUAACUACACAUUUCCUUUUCAUUUGCUGAGUGGUUGCUGAGAAUCUAAUAAUCUUUGUUAAAUUCUUAGUAUAAAUAUAAGAACAGUUUUCUAUCAGUCACUAUUCUGUAGCCUACCUGUCAAUUAUAUUUUGAGACAAAAAACUCUGCCUGCAUAUUAUUUUGUUAUAUUUGUCUCUGAUACAGGAGAGGCUUGUUUCCAGCUGGUGGAGGGAGGUAGGGGUAGUGAGCUACAAGACUCCCUUUGUGUGUGUGUGUGUGUGUGUGUGUGUGUGUGUGUGUGUGUGUGUGUGUGUGUGUGUGUGUGUGUGUAUGAAGACUGUUUUAUUUUGUUACUUGUUUUGUGCCCUGUGUCUAAUCUUAGGGGUAGGUGCUGGCCUCAAUACUCAAGCCAGUGUCUGCUCCGGAUACUCUAUCUGGCCAGGCUGUACCCAGGCAGUCAGCAUUUGUAGUCUGAUUCAGGUUUUAAUUUUGAUAAAUAUUUGCUUAGUUGCUGUAAGGAGGUGUGUGAGAUCCUUUCAUAGGACAUAGUCAUGUGCAAUAUAUUUCUGGAAAAGUUCUGAAUAAUUUAUUUACCAUUGAGUCACAUGUGCAUCUUUUUUGUGUAAGCAAGACUAACUUAAGUUUUUAUUGUUUUUACUGGUCUUAAUAAAUUAUUUGUUAAAA